AUGUCGAUACGAAGUUUUGCUUCGCAAGCUCCCUCCAUACCUCGGCCUAGGAUUCUGAUCAAGCCUUUACGACACGUCAGCCUGCAAUCGUCUGCCGCUGCCUUCUUUACUCCGGAUAGAGGCAAUUCUACAUACAGCAGCCCGGACUUUACCAUGAUCCUAAAGCAGUUUCCUCGCCAUUUGGUUGACGGGGAAGGGUGCAUCGUCGAAAGCCGGCUGCUUCCACACUGGCUCCCGAUGCCACCCGACCCGUCCACGCAUCAACGCCGGCAUCUCUGUCCACCGUUGUACCCUGCUUCGUCUUCACCAAAUAAGACUGUUGGUGAAGAGCAAGAGCAAGGGCAGGACGGCGUAGAUCGAUGGGAGCCUGUCUCACCAGCUCACGAGUUGCCGAGCGUCGGUAACAGCAUUGCGACUAGACCGAUUCUCCGUGUUUUUGUGUUAGCGUCCAAGAAACGCAUCCACAAGCGCGCCGUGAUUCGGCAUCGUGCCAGAACUAGGCUGGUGGCUGCGCUUCGAAUGGCUAUCUUCCGUCUGCAAGAUACCGAGCUCGACGUUGAACGCAAACUGGAUCUGCGCAGGAACGUGCUCAUGCUUGUCGCCAAUCCUACGGCUUACGCCAAGCAUAUGGAGGCGCUGGUCAACGAGAUGGAGAAGGCGCUGCGUCGCGUUGCUGCUCUACCCUCAACGGCGUCGUCUUUCCCCAGGAAGUUCGGCGGCAAAAGCGAACUGACCAAGACGGGUGCUUCUUCGCCGCGUGCGCACUCGCGCAAGGUCAAGGCCACUUCGUGA